UAAAAAAAAAAAAAAGGGCCAUAUAGAAAGAAGAUGAAAUAGAAGCGUUUUCGUUUGUGUGUGUGUGUGUGAGGGCCAGUGGCAAGAAAGAGAGGAAUAAUAUGAAUAACGGGAAGAAAACCAGAAACAAUGAUGGAGGUGGAGAUGAAGUGGAGGAAAUGCUUCAGGCGGCGCAGGAUGAGUUGCUCUUAAAGAUGUCCGUUGAUUCUCAUAUGUCCCGUGUCUCCCCCGACUACCUCCUCCCGGAUCUCGACCGUCGAUUCCAGGCUCUCAAAUCUCGACCCUCAAAAUCUUCAAAUCAAUCCACAACAGCCAAACCACAGCCACAGCCACCAGCUAACGGCGAUGAUGAUCUCUUGACCAGAUUUGCUGCUCUGAAAGCUUCCUCCUCUGUCGCUGUAGUUGACGCUGAUAGCGGCGAGGACGAAGACGAAGAGGAUGAGGUUGAGAAGAUCAUUCGGUGGGCCAAGGACGCUGCUCGUCUUGACCCCUCUCCACCCUCCGAUGAUGACGAGCGAGACGCAGUGAACAAGCGUACAUAGUUUGAAUUUGUUUGCGUUGCAGUUGCAGGGAGGAUCCAAAGACGUCAUUUUCAUUACUCUUUCCUAUCAUCAAUCAUUCCAAGACAUGUAAUUUCUGCUUGUAAUUCCACUCCUAGUUUUCCACCGAAUAUUCUACUCUGACAAAAAGAUUUCUUAUUUUCAAGCAUUUAGCCAUUGCUUGGAAUUUUGGAUUGUGAGGAAGCAAUAUUUCACUUAUUUUUUAGAGAAAUUACAAAUUCUAUCUUAAGA